AUGAGCACCGACUACGCCUACGACGAGGAGGGUUACCUCUGGCCCUUCUUCGUCUUUACACUGACGCUCAUCAUCACCCUCCCACUUACAUACAUCCUCGUCAAGAGGUCGCGAGACCCCGCCGCCUCGUUCCCGCGCAUUCGGACAAGCUUCAAACAUAAACACACCGACGUUGUCGACUCAUUACGCAAGAAGGAGAAGCGCAAGGACCGCAAGCUAUGGCUCAUCAUCGCCGUGGCCGUCGGCUGGGUUGUCAUGGGCUACAUGCUCGUCCUCAUCCAGAACACCGAGACGCCAACGCAGAAGCUAUGGAACCCAUAUGACAUUCUCGGCAUCUCCGAGUCGGCCACCGAGAAGCAGAUCAAGAGCGCCUACAGGAAGCUGUCCCUCAAGUUCCACCCCGACAAGAUCAAGCCUGAUGCUUCCAAGAACGAGACCAUGGACGAUCUCAAUGCCCGCUACGUCGAAAUCACCAAGGCCCACCAGGCCUUGACCGACGAGGAGGUGCGCAACAACUAUAUCCAGUAUGGUAACCCUGAUGGCAAGCAGGGUUAUAGCAUCAACAUUGCUUUGCCAAAGGCCAUUGUGUCUGACGGCAAUGGCAAGUAUGUUGUGCUUCUGUACUCUGCGCUCUUUGGUAUUCUGUUGCCAUACCUGGUUGGGUCAUGGUGGUACGGGACGCUUAGACGGUCCAAGGAGGGCGUUCUCAUGGAGAGCGCCAACCGGCUGUUCAGGGAGUACAAGGACAACAUCGACGAGGGCGGCGUCAUUGGCGCCCUCAGCACGGGUCAGGAAUACGACGAGCUGUUCAGGGGCGACAAGGCCGAUUCUGGCUUGUCCAAGGUUGAGUCCAGAAUUCUUGCCGAGGGCGAGCUCUCUCCUCUCGCUGGCGGUCUUUCUGUCAAGGACAAGGAGAAGUUGGAGGAUCUCGAAAGUGGCCCCCAACGCAAGGCCUUGGCUCUUCUCUGGGCCUACCUCGGACGCGUCGAGCUUGACGACCCCAUCUUGGAGAAGGCUAAGUUCGCCGUCGCCCCAAUUGCCGAAGCUCUCAACAAGUCUUUUACCGCCAUCUCUCUUGCCUACAUGAACACGGCUCCUCUCCUGUCUUCAUACUACGCCAGCCAGCUCCUCAUUCAGGCUCUCCCACCAAAAUCUUCGCCCCUUCUCCAGCUUCCUCACUUUACUCCAGCGACUGUCAAGGCUGUCGAUGGCGACUCCAAGGUUCACACCAACGUGCAGGACUUUAUGGACAGGCCGGACGCUAAGCGCCGCAGCCUGGUUGUCGGCAAGGGUCUUCUCACUGAUGAGCAAUACCGCGAAGCCGUCUCUGUUGCUAAGCAGCUACCCUUCUUCCGCGUCGCCAAGGCAUACUUCAAGGUUACUGGUGAAAAGUUUAUUCUCCCCUCUUCUCUCGUCACACUCGUCGUCAAGGGCCGCUUCGUGCCACCAGGCAGCGAAAACGUGCCCGAGAUUGAGCCAUUGGAUCUCGAGGAUAUCGACCCAGCCGAAGACGACCUUGACGCCAUCCUCGGCCGCAAGGCCAAGAAGCAGAUUGGCAAGGACGAGAAGGGCAGACCCAUUUACGAGGAGACCCCUGACGAGCCCAUCUCUGCGCCAUUGGCCGCGUCCCCAUACUUUGCGCGCGACCAUUCUCCAAGGUGGCACGUUUUCCUCACAGACUCGAAGCAAGGCCGUGUGGCGGUGCCACCAUUUACCUUUGCG